GUGGUAGUGCUGGGAUCAUCCACCUGCUUGCUCCCUGGGCCCACUGUCAGGUAGGGAGAGUGGGUGAGGGCAGCAAGGAAGUCCCCAAGAAUCCAAGAGGGUGUUGGGCAAUUAGGCUCUUUUGUCCUCCCCAUGGAAAAGCCCAGGUGACCCUGCUGGUCCCCAGGAACCCGCCUGAAGGGCCCCCCUGGCUGCUCAGCUUCGGGCUGCUGUCCCCAUCACCCACGCAGCCCCCCCAGCCCGCGGCACUGACUGGGCCCGUCCUCUCCUGACUCUGCUGUCCUGCUGAGCACGCUGUGUCUGGAAACUGAGGGCGGGGGGAUGGUGUCCAUGCCACUUGCCCUGGUGGGCAGCCUCCUAGCGCUGUGCCCGUGAAACGGGAGAGCAGGUGACAUGGGUCCAGUGUCCUGCAGAGAACAAAGGACGCUCUGUCUUUUCUCCCCGACCUUCCUGGGCAGCAGGCCUGUGUCCAGCUCUUUUGAACCAUGUCCCGGCCUCAGCUGAACCUUCUCCCUGUGGCGCUGGGACAAUUCCUUGUCCCAGAGUCAAGUCCUUACAAACCCAUGCCAUCUCUGCAGCCUCCAAGUCCAGCCCUCCUACCCCCAACACGUCACCCACCCCCAAAAGAGCAGCUUCUGAGGUCCUUAGGGGUUAAGCCCCCAAAGGCCCCGCCCCCGCCCGGGUGCCACCCAACAGUCGCUCAUGAUGCGGCACCUGGUCACGAGUGGGCUUUGUGACACGGGCGGGACCGGGCUCUUGGGGGGGCCGGCUCAGGGACAUCGGUCGGGUGGUCACGAGCCUCCCCAACACCAAUGAGCUCCCCCUCCCACACCCCCAGUCCGUCCCCUACCCAGUCCCCCUCCCAGUCCCGGUCCAACCAUGUCACCCCCACCAACCAGCAGGCCUACUCCAGCUCCGGCGGCUCAGCCCCGUCUCCGUCCCCCACCCGGGGGUCGUCCUCCCGCCCCCCCUCUCACCCUCCCACUCCAACUGCCUCCCAGCCCUCUUCCCGGGCUUCCUCCCUCACCCCCAGCCCUCACGUCCAACAUGUGCCCCGAGGGGCUUCCCAGACCCCCACUCCGCCCACCUCCAAGUCUCCUUCCCAGUCUGGCCUGAAGUCCGUCUCUCGAAACUCUUCCCAGACCCCUCCCGUGCCUGUGGCCAGGUCCCCCUCCCACAGCCCGGCCACCUCGGCCUCCUACAUCGGGCCGGUGCGGGCCAUCCCCUCCUACAUCGCCCCCUACGUGCCCCGCUUCCUGAAGGAGCCCCCCUUCUUCCAGCCCCCCACCGUGCCCCUGCCCCAGAACCAGUGCUUCCCCUGCCCCUUCCCCUGCCCGCCCCGCAGCUGCGAGCGCCCUCAGGUGCCCGAGUCCCUCUACUUCCCCCUGCUCCCCCCUCCUCCCCACCACCCCCGGGUCAGCUGCUCCUACCCGACCCCGCCGGCCCUGUUCACGCCCCCCUCCUCGCUCUCCUACUCCCCGCCCACCGAGGUCCUGGUGAGCGGGAAGCCACACGUGGUGCCCACCGUGCUGCCGGCCACCUUCUACACGCCCUUCUCCCGCUACUACACCCAGCCCCGCCCGUACCGCGGGCACCGCCGCAGGCCCAGCGCCUCCCCCCUCAGCCUGCUCCCCCACUUGCCCUACGACGGCUCGGGCCGCUCCGUCCACUUCUUUCACCGGUCCUAGGCCUCAGACCUAUUUCGGACCAGAAGCCUCUGCCGGGAAAUUCAAGCUGCUACAUCCACACUUCAUCGGCUACCUGAGGGAGAGGUUUCUGAAAUCAAAGUUGAUGAACACCAAUUUUGGAGACCUAUAUAUGCCGAGUACUGGGGCCCU